AUGAAUGCUAUUGUAAUCAACGAAACUGGGAGUUCGUCUCAAAUGAAAUGCGAAGAAGUACCGAUUCCUAAACCAGGACAGAACGAGGCUUUAGUGAAGAAUCGCGUCAGUGGCAUUAACUAUCUUGAUGUUUAUUUUCGUGGAGGUGUUUUUUCUUUACCCAGUCUGCCAGCAACCCUCGGAGUGGAGGGUGCAGGGGUGGUUGAAAAACUUGGGCCUGGUGUUGAGGGUCUGGCAGUAGGAGAUCAUGUGGCAUACUUUCAUGUUGGUUCAGGUAGCUAUGCUGAAUACAGUGUUGUUCCUGCAGCUAAACUCGUUAAAAUUCCAUCAGAUAUCACUUUUGAACAAGCAGCGACAUCCAUGAUCCAGGGCAUGACUGCCCAUUACCUGGUUCACUCAGUAUACCCAGUGGGACCUGGGACCAAGGUUUUGGUGCAUGCAGCUGCUGGGGGAACUGGGUCCCUCGUUUGUCAAGUGGCCAAGAAUGCAGCGGACAUAUGUACGCCUUGCGGACCUAAGGAACGCGGACGAACAGAUUCGCGAAUAUUUGCGCUACCUUUUGAUUGGAUCAAGAGAAUCGGAAAAUCUUCGGCUGCUACAACGAAAAAUUGCAGAGAGCUGCGCUUGCAAAGUGAUGCAAUAUCGCUAAGUGAUGUGUUGUCGAUGAUUUUAGGAGCUUAUGUUAUUGGCACCACAAGCACGAAGGAGAAAGCUGACAAAGCCAAAGGGUGUGGCGCAGAUGAAGUUAUUAUCUACUCUAACAACGACUUUGUCGAAGAAGUUAACAGGAUAACCGAGAGUGUAGGUGUCAAUGUCAUUUAUGACGGAGUUGGAAAAGCAACUUUCAACAAAGGAUUCGGUUGUCUAGCGACACGUGGUACCAUGGUCCUUUUCGGUGGUGCUUCUGGUUACCCAGUCUCCCUCGAUCUCGCACUUCUUUCCGGGUCACACAGUGUGGUUCUCCCAAGGUUAUUCGACUACAUUGCCACGCCUAAGGAAUUGAAUGAAAGAGCUAACGAUGUGUUCAAUUGGAUUUCACAAGGGAAGAUUAAAAUGGAUAGUUUCACCGUUCUUGCUCUGUCAGAAGCCAAGAAAGCUCAUGAUAUGCUCGAAGGCAAGAAAACAACAGGAAAACUUUUGCUUAAAUCUUGA